AUGCUUGUGCACAGCUACGCGGGCAUGGACCGCUCCGAGGGGCUGCCCGGGGCGCCGGCCGGGGCCCGCCUGCCGCAGCUGCCCUCGCUCAACCAGGCGCCCUACGGCUCGGCGCCGCCGCUCUGCCACACGCCCGCCGCCGACUUCCAGCCGCCCUACUUCCCCCCGCCGUACCCGCAGCCGCCGUUGCCCUACCCGCAGGGCCAGGAGCCCGCUUACCCUCACCUGGCGGACCCGUACGCGGCUCUCAGCCCCCUGCACCAGCACCAGCAGCCGGCCUGGCCCCCGCAGCGCGGCCGGCAGGACGAGCCGGGGCUGCUCUCGCAGACUCACCGAGCCCUGGGGCUCGACCCCCGCCGCGAGUACCCCGCCGUGCCCCGCCUGCUCCACGGGCUGCCCGACGGCGGCCACGGCCUCGCCGACGGCCCGCUGGGGCUCCACGGCCUCGGCCACCACGGCCUCGAGGACAUCCAGGCCGUGGACGACGGUGGGAUGAACCUGCUCGAUCAGUCCGUCAUCAAGAAAGUGCCCAUCCCCUCGAAGGCCAACGGCACCACCAUCUCCACGCUGUCCAUGAACAAAGACGGCCUGAUCGGAGGGGUCACGAAUCCCAACGAGGUUUUCUGCUCCGUGCCCGGCCGCCUCUCUCUCCUCAGCUCCACCUCCAAGUACAAGGUGACGGUCGGGGAGGUGCAGAGGAGGCUCUCGCCCCCCGAGUGUCUCAAUGCCUCUCUCCUCGGCGGGGUCCUCCGCAGAGCCAAAUCAAAAAAUGGGGGUCGGUGUUUAAGGGAAAGGUUAGAGAAAAUUGGAUUAAAUCUACCUGCAGGAAGGCGCAAAGCUGCCAACGUCACCCUGCUCACAUCCCUGGUGGAAGGUGAAGCCAUUCACCUGGCUCGGGAUUUCGGCUACGUCUGCGAAACGGAGUUCCCGGCCAAGGCGGCGGCCGAGUACCUGUGCCGGCAGCACUCCGACCCCACGGAGCUCCACACCAGGAAAAACAUGCUGCUGGCUACCAAGCAAAUUUGCAAGGAGUUUGCAGACCUGAUAGCCCAGGAUCGCUCUCCGCUGGGGAACAGCCGCCCCUCGCUCAUCCUGGAGCCCGGAGUCCAGAGCUGUUUGACUCAUUUCAGCCUGAUAACCCACGGCUUCGGGGGCCCGGCCAUCUGCGCCGCCCUCACCGCCUUCCAGAACUACCUGGUAGAGUCCCUCAAGGGGCUGGAUAAAAUAUUCAUGAACAGCACAGGGAACGGGCACACGACCGGGGACUCCAAAGCGUCAGACAAAGAGGUGAAGCAUCGGAAAUAACAGCGCUGCCUCCCCCGGCGGGAGCUCCCCCGGGCACCAGGGAGGGCUCCGGGGGGAAAGAUGACCCAGUGCACUGGUUUCUGGACUGAGUACGAGCGUGUGAGGAAAACUCGUGAAGCAAACAAAGAAACGACAGGAAAAAAAAAAAAAAAAAGACUUCAAGAAUUUAAGAAGAAAGCAGUGCUAAUGAACGUAGUGAGAUUGAGAGAAGCCAGGCGGAUGGCUUUGGGGUUUUGCCUUUUUGUUUUUGUAACUGUGGAUGCAGGAAGCCAAGUCAUGUGCAAUUUGAUUUUAUUUUGCUUUUUAAAAAAACCCAUUGUGAAAUCCUGAAGCGCUCCAGGAGUUUGCUCCAGCUGAUAAACUGAGAGGAAAGAGCAAAAAUCUCAUCAGUGCAAGACCCAGAGCAGGAGCAGCCGAGGGCAGGGGGACGGAGCCCUGGCUCUACCUGGAUUUCUCCGCUGCUUUUGAGGCACACAGGAAACUUUCCCAUUUCCCCACCCACAGCCCAGCCCUGACGCCAGGCCAAGGAAAAUUGCUGGCAGAACUGCUGUGGAUUUAAAGCGGGUCCAGGCUUUGUUUACAGCUUCAAACUGAGACUCGCCGUGGAUUUUUGGUCCCAGGGCAGGAUCGAGGGGAGCUCCCCUGAGUGCCGCCCUCCCGGCCGGGGAUAAGGCAGGUGAAGUUAAACCCAGGACUAAAUAAAAACUCCACAACCUACAGAUAACAGCACACAAGUUUCUAAAAUUAGUAAUAAUGAUAAAUAAAGCACAAGGAGCAGAACUUGAACCAGGCCAAACUGAACUGUUCGAAAUCUGUAUAUAUUUAUUUAUGUGUAAUUAAAACCUGAAAGUUUUAAAAUGUCCAGUGCAAGUUAUUUAUAUCAAAUUGAGUUGGGUUUGUUUUGUUUUGUUUUGCCUUUUUUUGUUUGUUUGUUUUGGGUUGGGUUUUUUUUUUUCUUUUGAAAGAGGAAAAUCUUUGGAUUUUCUGCCAUUAGAAAUGGGAAUGAAAUUUUGGAUCCACCAAACUGUAGCAUGGACAAGCUAGGCUGUGAUGACCAUGACUCUAGAAGUUC